GCUUAAGCUAAGAAUAGCCCUCAUCGUCUGUCCUGUUUGGGAACAACCCGUUCUAGUAGAUUGAUUGGCUAUCCACCAUCCUGUACUCAGACCUGGGAAGGAUAAAUACUUUCUUCCCGAGGGAAUUUGUAUAGUCAUCUUUCUCAGUAAUUGAAGAAUCACUCGUGCCAGACAUUUCACAAUGGGCUCAUCGUUAUCCUCGGUUGCCACUUCCUCUACCGAAGACAUUGUCAUAGUAGGCGCUGGCGCCAGUGGCAUAGCAGUCCUUCUUCGGUUGAUUGAACAUGCUAAGAAUGGCAAGAAGAUUCCUCCCAUCACCGUCGUCGAGAAAGCCUCGCCUCCUGGCCCAGGACUGGCAUACUCUGCCGCUUGUACCGGCACCAUCUUGAAUAUGCACACGGACACGAUGGGUCUAUAUUAUAACGACCCCAAGCAUUUUACCAGAUGGAGAAGCGAGCUAUCCAGUGGUCCCUUUCCCUCCCGAAGUCAAUAUGGGGAGUACCUGGAGGCGAUGUGGUCUGAGAUACUCUCGCAAGCCCAACAGAUGGGCUUGGAGAUCUCACUCAUCCAAGACGAUGUAUUGGACAUUGACCGUCAUGAUGAUGGCACCUUUGCUUUGACACUGGCAGGUGGGAGCCAUCUUUCUGCCCAUUCUGUUGUAUUGGCGCUGGGAAAUUUCACCUCUACCCUCAACACGCACCUACUUGAUCAACCGGGCUUCUUUCCCAGCCCGUGGCCGACUUCUCAACUACAGUCCAUCCCUGCCGAUGCCCCUGUCCUCAUCAUCGGAUCAAGGCUCUCCGCUGUUGACGCUGCGCUGUAUCUCUCUAAGAACGGCCAUACGGGCCCGAUGACCUUCAUGUCGCGCAGUGGCCGCCUUGCCAAAGUCCAAGGCGAGCCUGAACCUUUCCCGCGCCGUUACACCCUUCAUACCUUGGCCCGAGAGCUUGAAUCGAACCCAGCGGAAGGUCUUGUCAAACUCACAACCACCCUUAUGGAUGAGAUUGACGGGGUGAACAACGGUGAUUGGACCUGGAUACAGAAGCAUGCCUCACCAAAGGCCGAACUACGGGCAGACCUGUGCGCGGCACAGGAAGGGAAUGUCCAUUGGCAAACCGUCCUUCGCCACACUGCCCCAGUUAUCGAGCGCUACUGGCACUGUUUACCUCUGGAAAGCCAACAACUCUUCAUGGCCAAAUUUUUCACUCCAUGGAUGCGAUACCGCCACGGGAUGCCGGUGCAGAACGCCCGGAAAAUCCUCAGGCUGAUGGAAAGCUCCCAACUAAGUGUGGUUGCAGGAGAGGCCGUCCACUGGGAUGACGAUGAAGGCACCUUCAUUGCUCAGACGACUGCUGGACCCAUAGAAGCAGCAUACGUGAUCGAAGCGACUGGGCAAGAAUGCCAUCUUGAUCGGAUUCCAUCGCCGCUUGUCCAGUCCGCUGUCCGAAAGGGAUUAUUCACGCCUCACCCGAUGGGUGGGGUUGACGUCGACUUCGACACCCUCUGUGCAUCAACCCCUGGCCUAUACACGAUGGGCUCGCUGACACGCGGCACGCAUUUCUACGUCAGCGCCAUCGAUCGAACUGCAGCCCACGCGGCUCGCAUUGCCGACGCACUGGUUGGGGAGCCCCCUGCCAGACCUUUACACAUUGCUAUCUUUCUCGGCUUAGACGUGGCCUCGCACCUGAUUGCCAGUGACCUGGUUCCCCGGCUUCUAGCCGAGGGCCAUAUGCCUUUCCUCUUUCUGACAUCCAGCACGGAGACACCUCCCAUGGAGGCGCCUGGUAGUUGGCCUUUCGAUUUGCGUAAGCUAGCAUUCUUCGAACGCGAGCUUUUACGCAAGCAUCUCAGUCCCAGGCUCAAGGAAUACGGUUUGAAGGGCACCCGGCACAUGACUCCUGAGCAGAUGCAGUCGACAUACGGGGUUUUUGUGCAAGAAAUACCAGACUCAGAGGGUACCUCUGUUGUCAAAAUGUUGCAAAAGCACUUCAUCGACGUGGGCAUAUCGCUUUCAUGCGGCGAUGUGCUUAACCAGGGUGUCAUUGAUUACUUUUCCUCCUCGUCGCAUCCUCUUUUAUCUUUGGAUGGCGGUGUCCUUUCGGCACCCUGGGGCAGCAAGAAAGUUGGAGCCCAGUUCGGGUAUACCCUCCGAUUCUUCCGUGGGGACGGUGAAUUGGGUGAUAUAAUUGACAGAAGGACCUUUCCACUCGGGCACUCUGUUGCCAUACUGACAGGUGUGAACAAGGAGUAUGCGCUUGGAGUGCAGAUAACUUUUGAUGCGAUUCAGUUGGUGAGUCGAGGAAAACCAUUGCGCGAUGUUGCUUGGGAUCGAACUAGUCAUACUUCCCGCCACAGCUAUCUCACUGCGGAAGAGUUGUUGCAAUAUUCUCAUGGCCGGGGAAUUGAUCUAGUGGACGGUGAUAGUGUUGUAGAAAUGCUGGUGGAGUCAUUUGCACCCCCGGAGAAGAGAGAGGUGCUGCGAAAAGAAUUGGGCGAGGUGGUGCAUGAAUGGUAUGUGAAGGAAGGGUUUAGAGAUCCAAAAGCAUAGGUAUUCGUCGGGGUGAUGUAGUGUCGAAUCAAGACUCAUCGUUUUAAGUAGCCUCAGUGGAAUGACAUCUGAACUCAACACAUUACUAUUCAC